GAGCUCAGCAAGUAGAACAUCUAAUAAGAUCAUACUUCCACCUAUUAAUAAGAAUGAAUCUGACAGAAAUGAUUCUUUAAAGCUUAUCAUAUCUGGGAAUUGUAACCUUGGUUCUAAGCUUACAAACACUUAUGAUCAUAAAUAAGCUCAGGAGUAGAAUCAAUGGGAUCAUGGAUGAAAUUUCAAAAGAAAUUGAAAAGAAGAAAACAAGGAAUUCAAACGAUAUAUGAAGAAAGUCUACCCUGAUAAAUUCAAAUGUGGGAAUAUCGAAUUUAGAGAGAAAUAAGACUCCAAGUAGCAGUAGAAAAUCAAUAAGGAAUAAUUCUGAAUCAAGCCAAAGCUAUAACCCUCUAUCUAUUGAUGGAGAGAUUAAGAAGAAGAUCAUCAGGAGAAGGAAAUAAUGGCUUCAGUUCUCCUUACUCCUUCCAUAUUCUCAUCACAUUUAUGUUUUGACUCAUCGAAUUUAGCACUUUUUGUAGCGUAUUGAGCCCCUACAUGAUUAGUGAAUUCCCUUUGGUAGUUGGCAUAAUUCUUAUUGCUGCAAUAUCAACAACUUAUAUGGUGAUAUUCGCUCUGAUUUUGAUCAGCAUGUCAAGAGAUCCAACUGAUCCGCUCUCAAUGGAAACUAAAUGCAGGUAAUGUCUUCAUUAGGAUUAGCCGAAUUCUAAAUUUAAACGUUCUUUUUUGUACGAAUUAUUUUGUAAAAAGAGCCUCAUAAAUAAUCCCUUGCAAAUAUUUGAUACUCAGGAUGACUAAGUUGUUGCCUAAAUUCAAUAAGCAGCGAAGAUCUUUCAUGCAGCAGAAGGUCAUCAAUGCUAUUUUUGGUUUAAUUACUCCUCAUAUAUAGCCUUGAUUCCUUACCAGAAGGAAUAGAAUUUCAGUGAUUAUACUGAGAUGCAUAUGUCGGGUUCAGUACAAAGCACUGUAGAGACUGAAACAGAUGAGUUAAGGAUUUUGACCACCACUGCAAGUGGUUGAACAACUGAAUUGGGUACAACAACUACUCAUACUUCUUCUAUCUAAUUGGCCUCUCCACCAUUUCUGGGU